CGCGUACAGGUUUGGUCUCUCCGCUCGCUCAGCUUGGCACACACGUUAUAAAUGUGCCACAAAAUCAACCAAUCAGAGACCUGGCGGAAGUACGUCCUGAUUGGCUGUUUGCUCUCCAAUUGGAUCGCUGGUUACUGUAACCCGGAAAAAACAAAGGAGGUCGCAUCAGAUGGGCUCGGACCAUGGCUCGGACUGGAUGAAGAGGACGUUUUUAAAACAAUUUUCGAUAAUGUCAGGUGAACAACAACAACAACCACAUGACUUGUUGAGACAGCAGUUGAUGGAGGGACUUCUUACGAAACUGCAGUCUGCCAUAAACCAGCAACCGCUGAAUUUGGAUUAUUUGGAGUUCUUGACUCGCCAUCAACUCAUCCUCUUUGAAUCAUUCUCUGAACAGAUAGGCGGUGUGUCAGAAAUUACCGAAGCUCUACAAGACCUCCAUCAUGCUGUUCAGUGGGAAAACAAUGUCAGCUCUAUACCCAUUGUGGAACUGGAAAUGGAAAUUGGUCCAGGUUCUGGUCACCCCAAAAUUGUAGUAGAGAGAGAAAAACUGAAAAGUCUGCUGGACACACAUCUGCCAGUCUCCUGCAUUGCAAAAUGCCUUGGUGUUUCAAGAAGAACGCUUUACAGAAGAAUGCAAGAAUUUGGCUUGUCUGUAAGAGGAUCAUACAGCACAGUGACUGAUGAAGAGCUUGAUAACAUUAUUUCAGCUAUUAAAGGUCAGAUGCCAAAUGCUGGUUAUCGAAUGGUUCAAGGACAUUUGGUUUCAAUGGGGCUCCGCAUUCAGUGGUGGAGAAUGAUGGCCUCCAUGCAUCGUGUUGAUGCUGCAGGGAUCUUCUCACGGAUCGUGGCACUAGGGUGUGUUGUGCGGAGAAGUUAUGCUGUGCGAGGCCCUCUCUCUCUGGUCCACAUUGACACGAAUCACAAACUCAUAAGGUACAAUAUUGUGGUGUUCGGUGGAGUGGACGGUUAUUCAAGGAAGAUCAUGUACUUGAAUGCUGCAACAAAUAACAAAGCAGCAACUGCAUUCUCAUUCUUCAUGAGAUCAACCCAGCUCCAUGGCUUACCAUCCAGGGUAAGAGGGGAUCAGGGUGUUGAAAAUGUGGACAUUGCACAUUACAUGUUUGCCACACGGGGAACAGGAAGAGCAAGCUUUAUCUCUGGAAAGAGCGUACACAAUCAGAGAAUAGAGCGACUUUGGCGUGACGUCUGGGUUGCAGUCACUAGCAAGUACCAUGAUGUCCUUCACUCUCUGGAGGAAGAUGGUCUGCUCGAUAUCGCUGAUGUGGUACACCUCUUUGGUGUGCACUACAUCUUUGUCCCUCGACUCCGGGCUGAUCUUGACACCUUCAUCAGAGGAUGGAAUAAUCAUUCUCUGCGGUCAGAAGGAGGUCUCACUCCCGAACAGCUGUGGUGUAUGGGACAUCUACAAGAUCUGGACGAAGGGGAAAGACUUGAGGAACUUCAAGACCCAGACAUUGACUGGGAGAGUGUCGUACUGCAAGGGGACUCUAAUGGAGCAGUUGUGGUUCCUGAAAUCGCAUGCCCACUGGAUGACGAGGCCCUGGAAGAACUUCAGAGAACUAUUGAUCCUCUGGGACAUUCUCAGUCACAUGGUCGUGACUUGUACACAGACUUUUUGCACAAGGUGUCUGACAUUAGAACAUGA